AUGGCGCGCGCGGCAGUCCCCACUCAAAUGAUCAUCCUUCCCCUGAAGGAGCAGCUCCAGAUUGAAGUGCCCUCCACUCGCGAGGGCCAGGUCUGGUCGCAGAUCCUGGGCAUUUUCGAGCAUUGGGCCGGAUUCCGCCGCCUGUACUGGGGGCGACACGUGGAAGAGCCAGAUCAGGUCCAUCUGCAUAUCGUCCGGGACAACCUCCACCAGCACUAUGCGCUGGUCGCUUCACCCGAAUGGCAACGGAUCAUCGAAAACCUGCUUACGCUGGGGGUUGCGAGCGCCACGGCGCCGAUAGUGCGGCACGCGAUGAUCGCGGAGUUCUCCCCUAACCCGAAGAGCUUGGGCAGCGGCGCCCCGGUCACAGGCACGGCCAUCUAUCUGACCCCCGACCCCGUCGGAUGGGAAAAGACCUGGGAGCUGUGGACGACGAUUGUGUCUUCGGUGCCUGGAUGCAUUGGGGUAACAGGGGGAUGGAUGGUGGAGCCCUUGGAGGAGUGCAGCCCCUGUUAUGUGGUGUAUGUGGGAUGGGAGAGCGUGCAAGUCCAUGACGCGUAUCACCAUACAAAGCACUUUCGCCAGCGGGCAGUGAUUCUGCGCGAGCAUAACCAGGGGUUUCGCGAGUAUGGCCAUGUAGCCUUUGCGCACUCGCGCACUCGCCGCGAGGCCAACUUGUAA